AUGCAGGUUUUGAAGUGCGGAUGGUGUAAAAAAGAAGGCCACUUUGUUAAAAACAUCAAAAAUAGAUUUUUAAAGCUCUCACCAGAGAAACUCUCUUAUUAUACAGACGAAGCAGGUAAAUUAAAAGGCGAAAUUACAAUAUACGACGAAACAAAGUUCAUUAGCAUGGAAACGCCCGAAGGUCUUCCAAUGUUUCUCAUAGAAGGUAAAAGAAACACAAAAUAUAAGAUUUUCCCACCAUCUUUAGAAGAAAGAGAUGAUUGGCUAAUGGUUCUUCGAAACUGCGCAAAAUAUCAAAGUGGAUGCAGAAAUCCGUUAGUUAAAGAAUCAAUGGGAAAGAUCUAUACGAAUUAUAUUAAGACAGCGGAUUUACUUGCCAAAGCUGAUGAUGGUUUGUCAAUUUUCACUAUAAACUAUCUCACGAACAAGGUCAAAGAAUUCGUUUACACUUAUAAAGAAGCUUUCGAAAUGAUUUCGUAUUUUGCUGAAUUGAACCCAUUAGAAUUGAAAUACUACAUCAAGCUCACAUCCGCCCUCAUCAAGAAUCUUGGAAUUCUUGAGCCAAUCGAAUCACUCGGUUUCACUCCAACUUUUCAACGCCUUUACGAACAGUAUAAAGACGACAACGAAAAGGGAAGGAUGCAGUUUUACCCAGGUGGUGAUGUGAGAAACACAAUCAUGAAGGAUGAUUACUCGUAUUUCAAGAUUUUACCUCAAGCUGAAAAUCCUGAGCGUUUCACAGUCGGCGACAUGUCAUUACUCGCAUGUGCUGCUCGCUACGGAGCUGUCAGGAUAUUCAACAAUCUCCUAAAGAAGUGUAAAAUUGACCAAAUGGUUGCAACCAUGGCUUAUGUCGGCAGAAACGCAGAAAUAAUCGCAACAGUACGCAAGGAUUUCCCUAAAAUUAAUAUCGAUAUGGUUACAAUUAUGGGACAUUAUUGCAGAAACGCAGAAUUAUACGAAUUUACGACUUAUAAGGACGUAACAGCUUUUCCAUGGAUCGCCGUACUUACCGGAUACAAUAUGUUCGGAUUUUUCAACAAAUUGUUCGGAUUAAUCGCGUUAAAUGAUACAGAUUGCGAAGGCAACAUGAUUAUGCACGCAGCAGCAACCGUAGGCAUACAAACCAUCAUUAAUAUGCUUAUUGAGUUUGGUGUUGCUGUAGAUAUGCCAGGAAAAGACAAAAAGACGCCAUUUCAUUUGGCAAUUGAAAAUCUAAGGUUUGAAGCAGCCGAUAUCUUACUUUCCAAGGGUGCAAAUAUUAAUGCAGUUGAUGCCCAAGGAAAUACAGCAUUAAUCAUGGCUUCUUCUAAAAAUAAUCUUGAUACAAUUGAAUACCUCAUUAAAAAUAAUGCGGAUAUUAACGUUAUUAACAAUGAAGGCAUAAACGCUCUUGCGGAGUCUGUUCGUAGCAACAAAGCCGAAGUUACAAAGUAUUUGUUAGAUCAUGGCGCUACAGACUCAGGAGCCAAGAUCGAAGGCCAGGAUAUUCUCGAGUUUACAGUUGGCAAGGAAUAUAUGCACAUUUCGCGCAUUUUAAUUGAACACGGCGCCAAUGCAGAUAAUAUCUCCAUCGAAAAGCCAAUUAACGGACUCCCUCCUUUAGUAUUUGCCAUCCAGAUCCAAAACAUGCACGUCUUGAACCGCAUUCUUGAGUCACAUCCCCCUCUUGACGUAAUUAUUCAAAAUAAAUCCUUCCUCAACUUCGCCAUUGAAGUUGGAGACCUUGAAAUUGUUAAGGCCCUGGUAGAGGCUGGCAUAGAUGUCGAUGCAAAUCAUACUUUGGCUGAUGCUAUCAAAUAUAACCAUGAAGAUAUCGCAAUUUACUUGUUACAGAACGGAGCAAAUGUUGAAUCCGAAAAUGAAGAAGGCAAAAAUGCUAAGCAAAUUGCUAUAGAACGUGGUGCCCAGCAAUUUUUGGAUUAUUUGAGUAAUCCAACAAUGGAAGAGCCAAAAUCUAAUAAGACAAAGCAACAGGAAACCCAAAUAACUGCAUCUUCUUCAUCAGAGAAGGUUUCUGAACCUCCUCAAGAAGAAAACCAAGAUAAUCAGCAACAAUUCAAUGAAGAAGAAGGCCAAAACGAGCAAGAAGCUGAAGCUGAACAAGAGGAACCAUCGAGUUCCAUCAGUUCUUCAACAACAGAAAAUGAUAACGAGGAAGAUGAAAAAACAUCCACAAGCAGCGACUGA